AUGUCGACAUCACAACCUCGCCGCAUGGGCCAGAUCAUCCGGCUGAAGCGAGAUUCAUUACAAGCGUACAAAGAAUGCCACAAAGCUAUCUGGCCAUCCAUUGCCAAACAGAUCAGAGACAGCAACAUCAGCGACUACUCGAUCUACCUAGACGAAGACUCGAUGGUCCUUUUUGCGACGAUGAAAUACACGGGGAACGAUUUCGAAGCCGACAUGGAGAGGAUGAAGCAAGAUCCCGAGACGCAACGCUGGUGGCAAAUGACUGAUGGGAUGCAGGAAAGUUUUGUGGAAGGGAGUACAGGGAGCAAGGAUUCGAAGGGAUGGUGGAAGCCGCUCGAAGAGGUCUUCCGCCAGGAGUAG